AUGAAGAUCACCGCCUUCCUCACUUCUGCCCUCGCCGGCGCCGUCGCUGCCCGCGACAGCGUCUACCUCGUCAACUCCUACAAGGGCAGUGAGAUUUCAAGCGGCAUAGCAUAUUAUGCCGAUGGGCAUUCUGCAACCGGAGGGUCUCGUCCUGAUGACUAUGUUGACGUUGUCCAUGGAAGCAACAUCAUCUGGGAAGGUCGAACAGUGAAGGGCACUUUCGGUAGUGGCGUUUCCUUCACAUCAAACAUCUUUGCCGAUGCAGGCGGCAAGCAGGGAAAUGCUUGGGCUGGAACGGGAACGAACGGGUUUCACACAUACAACUGCUACAAGGGCACUAACCCAAAUGGUAAACCUUGGGUACUGUAUACUGUGGAUGGCUGGACUGUCAACGUUAUCUACUUCUGCAACCCCUUCAAUUAA